AUGUUGACCAUUGCUCUCCUAGCCCUUCUUUGUGCCUCAGCCUCUGCCAAUGCCAUUCAGGCCAGAUCUUCCUCCUAUAAUGGAGAAUAUGGAGGCAGUGGAGGAGAGCGAUUCUCCCAUUCUGGCAACCAACUGGAAGGUCCCAUCACUGCCAUCCGUGUCCGAGUCAACAGUUACUACAUUGUAGGUCUCCAGGUACGCUAUGGCAAGGAGUGGAGUAACUAUGUGGGUGGCAAGCUGGGAGACCUGGAGGAAAUCUUUCUGCACCCUGGGGAAUCAGUGAUCCAGGUGUCCGGCAAGUACAAGAACUAUCUGAGGAAGCUGGUCUUUGUGACGGACCAGGGCCGCUACAUGUCUUUUGGGAAAGACACAGGCACGAGUUUCAAUGGCGCCCCCUUGCACCCCAGUACUGUGCUCCGAUUCAUCAGUGGCCGAGCUAAUUUAAUUGGCAUCAAUGCCAUUGGCCUGCACUGGGACUACUACCCUAGUCACUGCAGCAGCUGCUAA